GAGACUGAUUAUGUUUCCUUGAAUUUGCUUCUGUAUUUGCAUCAUCAAUGUCUCUGAUAUUGAAUAUCUUAAGAAAGAUGCUGGAAUAUUUUGGUGUCCCUAUAGACCAGGUUUUUCAGAUUUGGGAAAAUAAAGACUAUGGAUCAGCUCGGAGUAUCAUUCGUAUUAUUGGGAAAAUGCUUCCAUUGGAACCUUGUCGAAGACCUACAUUUGAGUUGACCCCACUCUUGAAAUCUGUGGACUCUGAUGAUUAUGGACCUGUGGUUCCAUCAUUUGCUGAUGUUUUAUGUGUAGCAAAUGAUAAAGAAUCCAGUUGUCUUAGAUUUCGAAAUAAUAUGUGGGGAAACGAGGAAGAGGAGAAAGCUGAAGAUUUCCGUGCUUUGCACCUAGUUUGGGAUCCACUGUCGUCUGCUCUAAGACAUAACAAACCAUCAAAAAAUGAUCAGCCUGUUAAUGAAGCUGCAAUUAAAAAAAUAGCUGCUCUUGAAGAUGAGCUAGCUUUUCUUCGCUCUCAGAUUGCUGUACUUGUGGAAAUGCAGGAACUGAAAAACAGUAGAAAUGCUGGCUCCUUUGACUUACAUGAUGGGCCCAUAAGCUUGCGACAGAUGCCACCAUCGAAGGCUGCUCAGCUGUCUGAGGACCCAGAUGAGUUUCCAAGUCCAGCGCCUUCCUUCCCUCCGCCUCCGCCUCCCCUUCCUCCCCAGCAUUCACCACUCCAGCCUCUGUGUUUUCUUGCGACACAACCCACAGCUAAUGAGAUUUGUGACUCAGAUGACUUAGUGACUGAAAGGAACAAACAGCAGCCAUGUGCUAGUAAGACCAACAGUAGUCAUUCAGAAAGCCAGAGAGAUAAAAAUGUUCCGAACAUGUUGGAUGUUCUGAAGGAUAUGAAUAAGGUUCAGCUUUGUGCUAUUGAACGGUCACCCGGUGGUAGACCCAUUCAUAAAAGGAAAAGACAAAAUUCACAGUGGGAUCCAGUAUCUCUAAUAUCUCAUGCACUUAAACAGAAAUUUGCCUUCCGAGAAGAUGAUUCUUUUGAGAAAGAAAAUAGAUCUUGGGAGUCUUCCCCAUUUUCUAGUCCAGAAACUUCAAGGUUUGGACUUGACAAUUCGCCGUCAGAAGGACUGAACUGAAGGAGGAACUAGUAAACACAAAGCUGUUGACCAGGUUAUCAGCAACAAGAAUUGUGUCUAUGCUUAGAAGAAAAGACUGCAGAAAUACACCAGCCAGUCUUGCACUGCAUUUCAAAAGUCUUCUCUUCUGUUAAA